GGAUCACCAGGCCAAGGCCCUGGCCGCCAGGGGUAGUGGGGUGGCUGGGAUCGGCCCGUGCCCGGCAGGAUGGGCUCGGGCGCAGCCGCCGCCGCCGCCGCCGAGCCCGACACUCAGCCGCCAGGCCGCAGCCUCUCCAGGCCUGGCCCACGGCUGCGCAGCCGGGUCCCUCACCUACCCGAGGGUUCGCUUUGGUCGGGGCUGGCCGUGUGCGCUGGCCCUCGGCAGCAAGCGCGUGCUGCGUGAGAGAAAGCCCGCCGGCACCCAGCCUCGGCCACCUGCCCGGCCCCUCGCUCGGGGAACGGCCCAGGUCCCCCAGGAGCCCUGGGUGCUCCGGGCGCGGCGGGACCCCGGCAGCGCCCAGACACGAGUGGGGCCUGCCUGGCCGCUGCACCCCACACAGCGUCACCUCAGGACCUGGGGCGCCCUCCCGCGCAGCCUGGGCUGUAGGACCCGCCGGGCCGCCGAGCGCCGGCCCUGCAGGCGGCCGGCUUCUCGGAGCGCGCGCGACUCUCUAGCGACCGAGGGCGCUCUCGGUGGCUGCUUCCGGCCCGGGCCAGAGCGACGCUCGGAGCCCCGGAAGUCCGGCGCGGGCGGCGGCGGCGGCGCGAUGGCGGUGGCGGCCGUGUCCGAGGCCUGGCCCGAGCUUGAGCUGGCGGAGCGCGANCGGCUGCGCGAGCUGCCCGCCGACCUGGCGCGCUGCGCCCCGCGCCUGCAGAGCCUCAACCUCACCAGCAACCUCCUGGACGCCUUCCCAGCCGCGCUCUUCCGGCCCGGCGCGCUGCCGCUGCUCAGCGAGCUGGCGGCCGCCGACAACCGCCUGCGGGAGCUCAGCCCCGACAUCGCGCACCUGGCCUCGCUCAAGACCCUGGACCUCUCCAACAACCAGCUGAGCGAGAUCCCGGCUGAGCUGGCAGACUGCCCCAAGCUCAAGGACAUCAACUUCCGGGGCAACAAGCUUCGGGACAAGCGCCUGGAGAAGAUGGUCAGUGGCUGCCAGACCCGCUCCAUCCUGGAGUACCUGCGCGUCGGCGGCCGGGGGAGCCGGGCCCGGGGCCGGGCCGAUGGCUCUGAGAAGGAAGAUGCCCGAAAGAAGAAGAGAGAGCGCAAGCAGAGGCGGGAGAGCGGUGAGGGCGAGGAGGAGGUGGCCGACGCAGCGAGGCUGCUGCUCAAGGUCCUGCACGUGUCUGAAAACCCUGCGCCCCUGACCAUCAGAGUGAGCCCCGAAGUACGGGACGUGCGGCCAUACAUCGUGGGUGCUGUGGUACGAGGCAUGGACCUGCAGCCCGGGAAUGCACUCAAGCGCUUCCUCACCUUCCAGACCAAGCUCCACGAGGCGCUCUGUGACAGGAGGACAGUGGCCACCAUUGCCACGCACGACCUCCGCAGCGUGCGAGCGCCCCUGCUGUACACAGCCCGGCCACCCCAGGACCUCCAGAUCGUGCCCUUGGGGCGGAAGGAGGCUAAGGCGCACGAGCUGGUGCGGCAGCUGCAGCUCGAGGCUGAGGAGCAGAGAAAGCAGAAGAAGCGGCAGAGCGUCUCCGGGCUACACAGGUACCUGCACCUGCUGGACGGCAAGGAGAACUACCCUUGCCUGGUGGACGCAGCUGGAGAGGUGAUCUCGUUCCCGCCCAUAACGAACAGCGAGAAGACAAAGAUUAAGAAAAGCACCUGUGACUUGUUCUUGGAGGUCACCAGUGCCACGAGCCUGCAGAUCUGCAAAGACAUCAUGGACACCCUCGUCCUGAGAAUGGCAGAAAUGAACAAGAACACUUUAGAAAAUAAAGAGGAAGAGUCGAUCUCUGACACAGAGGCUGAUACUGGUUCUGGACACCUUCCAGGUCCCCAGAGGAGCCCGUGUGCCGGGCAGGACGGGCAGUGCCCCCUGGUGGUGGAGCAGGUCCGCGUGGUGGACCUGGAGGGCGGCCUGAGGGUGGUGUACCCAUCCAAGGCCGACCUGGCUGCUGUCCCACCGCAUGUGACUGUGGUUCGCUGAGGAGCCCAGCCUCAGUGGGGACUCUGCGGGGACGGGGGUCGUUGCUUGGUGUCUUUGAGGUUUGUGUAUUCUUGGUUGUUUCCUGGGUGAUUCUGACGUGAACCAUGCCGUGUCGCCUGUACAACACUAAACUGAUUUUCCUACUUCUCGGGACGCCUCAAAUGCCGGAAAACGCUGUUGCAGACACCUGACGGGGGACAGCGGAGGACGGUGUCCGCAACACGAGGCGCCUGCCACCUGGGCAUUGUGUUGGCUGCACGUGGCCCCUUCGGAGAUGGCAUCUUUGUCGUGUCCCCACGUGGCACUGCUGCAGGACAUUACAGUGCCCAGCUGCAAUGGUCUUCAUUUUUUUUAUUUAAAAAAUGUUUUUAAAAAUGACUUGGAUUUGGUAGGCCA